GCAAAAACAUGAUUUUCUAUUUUGCAUCUCUGUAAUUCCAGUACUACAGUACUAUAUUAUACAAAUUAUUGCUAUUUCUCACUAAAUAUAAAAGAUGGACAGACUAUUUGGAAAAUCAAAGCCAAAGCAGCCUCCUGCCAACUUGACUGACUGUAUUUCAAAUGUCGAUAGUCGUGGCGAAUCCGUGGAGAAAAAGAUCGCAAAGCUUGAUGCAGAACUUGUGAAAAUUAAAAACCAAAUGAAAAAGAUGAGAAAUGGACCUUCUAAGAACAUGCUCAAACAAAAGGCACUCAAGAUAUUAAAACAGAAAAAAAUGUAUGAAGGCCAAAGGGACAAUUUAAUGCAACAAUCGUUCAAUAUGGAACAAGUGAAUUUUACCGUAAAUAAUUUGAAAGACACACAAACAACUGUAUCUGCUAUGAAAACAGGAUUAAAAGAAAUGAAAAAAGAAUACAAGAAAGUUGACAUCAAUAAGAUCGAGGAUCUCCAAGAUGACAUGACAGACAUGCUAGAGAUGGCAGAUGAAAUCAAUGAAACUCUAGGAAGAGAUUACGCAAUGCCUGAUGUGGAUGAGGAAGAUCUUGAAGCUGAAUUCGAUGCAUUGGGAGAUGACUUCCUUGCAGACGAGGAUACUUCAUACCUGGAUGAAGCAUCUUCUGCUCCUGCUGUUCCUGACACUGAACCUGGUGCCGCUGUCUCGGAGGGUGGAGUGGCAGUAGAUGAGUUUGGACUCCCACAGAUCCCAUCGACGUAAACUUCAUUCUUCAACAUUUAAAGAACUAUACAAGAUUAAUAUGUUAAGUAUUGACUGCACCUGGACUGGGGUCUGAGACAAUGGACUCAAGAUUGAAUAAAUAUUGGAUCACCCCACUCCCCGUUUUGGGGGUAAAAAAAUUCACUCUUGGCACUGGGUUGUAGAAAAUUAUAAUUCCGGAUCCGAACUCAAAACCCUUUGAAAAUCAAAUUUCUAUAACUUAAAGUUUUAAGCAUAUAAGCCUUCUUUAUAAUGCCGUGAGAACCCUUAGUAAACUCAAUGCUUUCCGAGUUCUGUGGAAAACUCUGACUUCCCUUUGAAUGAAAUCCCGUUUCUGUCAAAAUUCGAACAUUCAAGCUUGGGAGUUUGAAAAUACGACUCCUGGCUGGUAUGCACAUACAUAUGAUCAAAACUUCAGUCUCCGGCGCUCCGAAAGUAUUCGUACCAAGAUGACGCACAACCUGAAUAACCUUAACCUGGCACACAUACUAUGUUCAGGUUGUGCGCCAUCUUGGUACGAAUAUUUUGAGAGUACCCUUUAGUCUUCAGCGAGAUGGGAACUUCGAGUCUGGAAAUACGGCUGCUACUCCAGUGAAAACAUAUCAAAUGUAGACUCCACAGCCCUGGCUGAGCAGUAUCAAAACUAUGGUUAAUUUUUUACAUCUCAAUGCCUUGAGAAAGCUCUACUUAGUACUUGUAAUAUUUGUAGCUAGAUAACUUUUUUGGUGUUUCACACCGACACCAUCUUCUUGAAGCUGCGAUGUUCAAAAAAAAAUAAUAAUC